CUUUGUGUUUCGCUCCGGAGCUGCGCGCUGCCCGCCCGGCCGCUGCCCCUUCGACGUUCUCUCUAGCCAUGGCGCAGCCGGCCCAGAAGAAGGCCAAGACGGAGAGGGUCUUCCUGUUCUCCUCCGAGUCCGUCAACGAGGGCCACCCGGACAAGAUCUGCGACCAGGUGUCCGACGCAGUCCUGGAUGCGUGCCUCGUCGGGGACCCCAAGAGCAAGGUGGCGUGCGAGACGGCCACGAAGGACAACAUGGUCAUGGUCGCGGGCGAGAUCACCACCCAGACCAAGAUCGAUUACGAGAAGGUGGUGCGCGGGGUGGUGGCCAAGAUCGGCUUCGACUCGUUCGUGGACGACCUCUCCAGCGUGGACAGCAAGGGCCUCAGCGACAAGACCUGCGAGGUCCUGGUGCGCAUCAACAAGCAGAGCCCGGACAUUGCCGGCGGCGUGCACGUCGGGAAGGAGGACCUGGACGUGGGGGCCGGCGACCAGGGCAUCAUGUUCGGCUACGCCACCGACGAGACGGAGGACUGCAUGCCUCUGACCCACUCCGUGGCCACGAAGCUGGGCAAGACCCUCACGGACGUGCGCAAGAGCGGGGAGCUCUGGUGGCUGCGCCCGGACGGCAAGACGCAGGUCACGAUCGAGUACCUGCAGAAGGCCGACGGCUCCGUGGAGCCCCAGAAGUUCCACACCGUGGUCAUCUCCACGCAGCACGCGGAGCCCUCCAAGGCGAAGCGCACGAAGGAGUGCGCCGGCUACACGGCCCUGAGAUGACCGCG